AUGUUGUUAUUAGACCUCGUAUGGGUGGAUGUGUCAGUAGACGCUGCUCCAUUCUUCGACGCUAUAUAUGAUGCUAUUAACGGCAACAGUAGGAGAUCUUACGGAUACAGCGGCUAUGGAAAUUAUGGGUACGACUAUGGAUAUAACAACGGCUACCCGGCGUACAGACCCGUUGAAAAGCCAAGGCAAGGGAAGACGUUUAAGGAGAUCUGCAGGGUGCACUACCCAGAUGCAGCCGCCUUUCCUGGUGCAGGAGGAAUAGUUUGUCCCUAC